GCGACGGUCAUUUGUCUUUCCCGCGCAAUCUUGUGCAAGACGCGGGAGACUCGCCACCGUCACCACAACGUACCACUGCACACUGUUUAUAGAUUCGCGGCUCUGCCCAGCCAGCACAGCAGCCAGCGUGACGCCCCUUGACACCCCGCAGGCGGGAGCAGCAGUAGGUGAGGAUGGCAGAGGGACUGGUCCACGCUGAGCUGCUGGCGGCCUGCUCCUCCCUGGGCUACAGUGAUGGGCUGCACUACCAUUGUGAGGCGGACUGUCUGGAGACCACCAAGGACCUGCUACGAUACCUGCGGCGGGACGAUGACAGCCACGAGGUGCGCCGCGCCCUGGGGGACUCCCGUGUGUUGCAGACGGACCUGCUGCCACUGCUGCAGGAGCACAGCGAGUAUGAGGAGCUGCUGCAUCUGGUGGUGAGGCUGCUGGUGGACCUCACCAACCCUGCACUCCUGCUGUUCCGGGAGGAGCUGCCAGAGGAGAAGGUGACACGAAAGCAGUUUCUGCAGCUGGUGCGGCACCAGCAGGCAUACAAGGAGGCCUUCACGAGUCAGCAGGUGUGGGAGGCCCUGGCAGGUCGCCUCAGGGCCCUCCUGGAGAUCCCCAAGGAGGAGCGGGAGGAGGAUGACCGCCUGCUGUUGGAGCGGAUCCUGGUGCUGAUCCGCAACGUGCUGUGGGCGCCAGCCAGCCCCGAGGAAGGCCGCACUGACAACGACUCCUCUGUGCAUGAUCAGGUACUGUGGGCCAUGCACUUGUCUGGUACGGCAGAGCUCCUGCUGUACAUGACCACCUCUGUCACUGAGCACGACUUCUCCCUCCACCUGCUGGAGAUCAUCUCACUCAUGCUGAGGGAGCAGGACGCCUGCUGGCUGGCCACUGCCAACCUGCGCCGCUCCGACCAGGAGAAGGAGGAGGACGACCGCAAGCUGCAGGAGCUGCGGCAGCUGGAGGCCCUGCAGCGUGAAGCCCGGCGUCGUGCCGCUGCCUCACGCCACUCCCGCUUUGGUGGCACAUACGUGGUGCGGCAGAUGAAGAGCAUCAGUGACCAGGACCUCAUCCUGCACCGGCCGCUUGCCAGCGUCUCUGACAUCUCCUUUGACCGCAACAAGAAGCCUCGCAAGCACAACAAGAACCGCGUCCCCAUGCAGGAGACCUCCACGCGGCGCCACUCCAUCCUGGCUGUCAGGAUGUUCCUGCAGGAGUUCUGUGCAGAGUUCGUGGCAGGGGCGUACAACACCAUCAUGGCCACGGUGAAGGACUCGCUGGACCGUGCCCGCGCCCAGGAGCACGAUGAGACCUACUACAUGUGGGCCAUCCGCUUCUUCAUGGAGUUCAACCGCCACCACAACUUCAAGGUGGAGCUGGUGACGGAGACGCUGGCCAUCGAGACCUUCCACUUCAUCCAGACCCAGAUUGAGAACUACUUCGAGAGGAUGACGGCCGAGAAGAAGAAGAUUGCUGUGUGGUCGCGCCGCAUGCACCGAGCCCUCAGGGCGUACCAGGAGCUGCUGGCCACCCUGGCCCACAUGGACGCCUCCCCCAGCCAGGAUGUGCGCGAGUCCUCCAGGGUCCUGAAGAGCCGCCUGUUCUAUGUGGUGGAGUAUCGCGAGAUGAUGCUGCUGCUCCUGCAGAAUUAUGACCCUCUCAGGAUGACCCUGGGCUACCUCAGAGAUGCAGUGGAGGCCACACACAUCUUCCUCAAGCUGCUGGAGGGCAUGUGCAGGAAGGGAAGGCAUGUCUUUGUCCAGGGAAAGGGUAAGAAGGCUCCCAAGAAGAAGCCCAAGGUGGCAGCGAUGCCGGGCACCACAGCACUCACCCAGGAGCAGCUGCAGGACCUCUGGGAUGAAGUAUCGCCAGAGGUGGCAGCGGUGGUGCAGGGGCCGUCAGAGAGCCUGCCAGACAUGGUGCCUUUUGAUGCCCUGUCAGAGGAGCCGGAGGAGGCGCAGAAGGAGACGGCCAUGCGGAGGAUCAGCAAGCACCUCAGAGGGAAGGAGUUGCCCCAGGCUGUGGCUCUCAUGCGGGCAGCCAGGGAGGUGUGGCCGGAGGGGGACAUAUUUGGCCCGCAGGAGUCUGACAGCACCCAGGACUUCCUCACCCUGCAGGAGAUCUUUCUGGCCAACCUCAGUGCCCCCCAGGAAGCCCCAGUGGAGGAGCUGGAGGAGGAGAAUGAGGAUGAGGAAGAGGAGGAGGAGGAGAGGAUGGCAUUGAUGUCAGAGCAAGAGUUUGACUUCAUUGGGUUUGUGCGUCGCUUUGCCAACACCAAAGUGGUGAAGGCAUACAGCAGCCUGCUGCACCACUACCCCACCAACACCAAGCACACCAACCAUUGCAUCCUCAAGCUCUUCCACCGCCUGGCCUGGGACUGCAAGCUGCCUGCCAUCUUCUUCCAGGCCUCCCUCUUCUUGGUGUUCCUCAGAGCCAUGGAGGACCCCCUCAGGACGACCAGUGAGUCGCCGAGGGAGAUCGCCAGGUUUGGCAAGUACAUCGUGCGGCAGCUGUACAAAGUGGCGGAGACAAACCCCAAGGUGUUCGUGGAGCUGCUGUUCUGGAAGACCAACAGGGAAGCGGUGGAGAUUGAGUGUGGGUACGGAGAGGUGGAGAGCGGGAAGCAGGCGGCAAAGAUGGCCUGGAGGGAGGAGGAGGAGGAGGAGCUCAGGAUGCUGCACAGGGAGGUGGAGGAGAUCCCAAUGGAGGCCCGUGGGGAGAAGGACAUGGUGGACCUCAUCAUGGAGCGCCUCAUCAGCAACAACAGGACCCGGCGCUCCGUCAUCAAGAAGCUGAAGGAGCUUGGCCUCAUCCAUGACCUGAAGGACCUCAGGAAGAAGACGAUCAAGAUCUCCGCCCCUAGAACGUGGACGGAAGAGGAGGAGGAGGAGCUGAGGCGGCUGUUUGAGGAGAACAAGGAAGCUAUGGACAUUGUGGGCAGGAUAAUGGACAACAUGAGCCUGCGGAGACCCAAACACAGGGUGGUGGAGAAGAUCUUAGAGCUUGGUCUGGUGGAGGACAGGAAGCAGCUGAGAAAGAAGAGAGCUAAGAAGGCCACAACGAAAGCAUCAAAGAGGAGCACUGGGCAGGACUUCCUCUCAGCAAACCAGGCCAGUGACGAGGAAAUAGACGAAGGAAGCGAGAGUGAGGCAACAUCAGCGAGCGACGAGGAGGGAGACAACACCACAAGGUCCCAGCAAGCCUCUAGAAACCCCCCAGCUCCUCCUGUCCCUGUAGCAACCCCAGCACUGAUCUCUAAGGCCCUCAAUGUGGUUCUGGGGGCAGGGCGCGGUGAGGCAGUGGAGUGGCUGGCCAGAAUCCUGCGUGACGUGGCUGACGACCGCGAGGAGGAUGGGGAUUUUGAACCAGUGCCUGUCCUUGCUAUCACCCAGGCCUGCACGGAUGCCAUGGAAGAUGAAGAAUUCCACAAACUCCUCCGUCUUGUUGGUCUGCAGCCUCCAAUGACCCACCAGGAGAUGUUUUGGCGUGUCCCCUCAAGGCUGUCAGUGGAUGGGCUGCGUAAACGUGCACAGUAUCUCACACAGGGAGCCUCAGGUGACUUCCAGGACGUAGAGAACCCUGAUGAACCUCUUGAACCUGUAGAACCUGAGCCAGCGAAGAUAAAACCCAGGAAGCCAAAGAAACUGAAGCCGAAAACUAAACCCAAAACUUCUAAGGUCACUAGCUCAAGUUCUGAGGACAAGGAGAAUCACUUCAGAGGAGCGUCACUACUUAAUGGGGAGGAGAGUGAUGAUGGCCGCCUCUCUCAACGCCGGUCAGUAGCAGGUGAUGAAUCUAGUGAAGAUGAUGUCCCUUUGUCCUCCCUCACUGGCAGGUCUACCCCGUCAUCCUCAAGGCCAAACAGCAGGGUCAGUAAGAGGAUGCUGUCUGAUGAUAGUGAUGGAGAAUUGUCACAGAGGAAGAUGUCAAAGGAGAAGAAGAAGAAGAAACGUUUGGUGCUUGAUUCAGACUCCGAGGAAGAGAAGGACGUGGGUGAGAGAGUGGAGGAAGAGGAGGAGGGUGAGAAAGAGGAGCAGCAAGAGGAAGUGGUGUCUCAGACCAGCAAGAAGCAGAGGAUAAGAGCAAUAAUAGAUAGUGAUGAUGAGUGAUAAUGAAGAAAGGAAUUAUUUAUCUUAGUCAUAAAAAAAUAUCACCAGUCCACCAAGGCAUUGUUAAACUGUCAAUUAGCAACAGAAAUUUGGUGCCUUUGUGUGUGUGAAUAUUUUAUGAAGCUUCUUUUUUUUAUAGAAAUGAGCUUUACAGUUUUGUUAUAUAUAGAAUUGAGCUUUUCAGUUUUUUGUAUAUUGUCAUGAAGAGAAUUAACCUAAAAAAUACAAUGCAUAUUUAUAUCAA